UCUGCUUCGUUAGUUUCACUGUUCAUCGCUGUUCAUCGCUGUUCAUCUGCUUCGUUAGUUUCACUGAAGUUCAUCGCUGUUCAUCGCGGUUCAUCGCUGAGAGACACAAUCAAUUCAUCGCUCACUGACCCAUUGCUUUCAUUUCAUUCAAGACACGAUCAAUUUGUCGAUCAUGACACCUACGAUUUCUACACUAUUCACCACAUUUGCAAUCAAUUACACUAUCAAGUUACAUCAUGUUCCACCAUUUCUCAAGCAAAGCAGCUCUUGUCGACAUCACAUUUCGACAUCAUACUCGUCGAAACUCAUAUUCCACAGCAAGAUACUUAUGCAUUUGUUCAACAAGUGACUUCACAUUUGAAAAUUCCGGUGAUUAUGAUGUCGCUUGAUAACCGAACCUGUUCUGUUAUGGAUUCCAUUUCUAACGGGGCUUGUAGUUACUGGGCCAAACCACUGGAUGAAAAUCUAUUCAAAAAUAUGUGGCAACAUGUCGUGCGGCAACAUCUAGUGCAAAAGGAAAGCGAGGCUAAAGGGCUUAAAAAGCGAGGAAGAGAACAUCUAGUGCAAACGGAAAGCGAGGCUAAAGGGCUUAAAAAGCGAGGAAGAGAUGAUGAGGUUCAUGUUUCUAAACAACCUCCGGUAAAGAAAGCUCGUUUCUCUUGGACAGAUGAUUUGCACCAAAAAUUUGUGUCGGUCGUGAAUCAUCUUGGGAUUAAAAAUGCAAAGCCUAAAAAAGUUCUGAAGAUCAUGGAUUGUCCUGGCUUGGAAUUACAGCAUGUAGCUAGUCAUUUGCAGAAAUAUAAAAUGUAUUUAGAUGGUGGGAUAAAAAAUUCAAAGAUGAAACAGAAGAACAAUGAAACACAAGCACAGGAUCAAGAAAUUGAUGAAACCGAAGUAUUUUUUAGCUUGACUGAUUUUUUCCCCGAUCUUAACGAUGAUGAUAUACACAAUAACAACUAUGCUGUUUCAGCUGAGAGCAUUGAUUCCCCUAGCACCUCUCUUCCACAGCUUGGGCAAUAUUCAAUGACACCACCUGAUCAAUGUGACGAUUCCGACAUAUUUUCUAAUUUGACCGAUUUAUUCCCCAAUCUUAACGAUGAGAUACACAAUGGGAUGUGGUGACUAUAAAGAAGGCAACAUUGAAUAUCUCAUUCCACCUUCACGACAUUUGUUUCUAUUUUAGUCAUAGUUAGUAUAUCAAUUAAGCUUUAGGCUUA